AUGCCAGAGGCCCUCCAAAAGCAAGACCCAUUGCGGAGGCCCUCCAAAAAGCGAGCCCAGGUGCAGGACUCGAACAAACUUGCGCAAGACAGAGGACUGGAAGCUGGAGCACAAGCAAAGGAAACACAGUGUGAAGGAGACAAUAGAGAUUUGGGGACUUCAUCUCCUGCCUAUUCUCCUGGGGACUGCUCUGUUGAAACCAAGAAUAACAGCAUCUACAGCGAUGCAGAGAGGAAAGCAAUUCUUAACCAGAAACUGGUAGAAACUGGUGAACGAGAACGACUUCAAGAAUGGCUAAGAGCUAAAUUAAUCGAAUGUGGUUGGAAAGAUCAAUUACAAGCUCAUUGUCGAGAUGUGAUUCAAGCAAAAGGGGUAGAACAGGUUAAUGUUGACAACUUGGUAGCAGAGAUCACUCCCAAAGGCAGAGCACUUAUACCCAACAGUUUCAAGGAGGAACUUUUACAAAGAGUAAGAACUUUCCUUGCUCAGCAUGACACACCUUAA